UGGGUCACUGACAGAGGAGGCCGCCACACCACGCCUUCUCGCUAGCGUCCACCUCUCCGCUUCUCCGUCCUCUGGCGGAGGCGGCGGGACUCCGGGGAGAACUAGCCAGAUCGCCGAGGAGCCCGAGCCGGGUGCAGCAGAUUGGCUUAUCUUGGGAGCUACGGGGCAUUGCUCAUCCUGAAGAUCAGGUGACCACUGACAUCAGCCAUGUCAUCCAGACCUUUUGAAAGUCCACCUCCUUACAGACCUGAUGAAUUCAAACCCAAUCAUUAUGCACCAAGCAAUGACGUAUAUGGUGGAGAGAUGCACAUUCGACCAAUGCUCUCUCAGCCAGCGUAUUCUUUCUACCCGGAAGAUGAAAUUCUCCACUUCUACAAAUGGACCUCUCCUCCAGGAGUGAUUCGGAUUCUGUCUAUGCUUAUUAUCGUGAUGUGCAUUGCCAUUUUUGCCUGUGUUGCCUCCACUCUUGCCUGGGACAGAGGCUAUGGAACCUUAGUGGGAGGUGGCAUUGGCUACCCUUAUGGAGGAAGUGGCUUUGGUAGCUACGGAAGUGGAUAUGGCUAUGGUUAUGGCUACGGUUAUGGCUAUGGAGGAGGCUAUACAGAUCCAAGAGCGGCAAAGGGAUUCCUGCUGGCCAUGGCUGCCUUUUGUUUCAUGGCUGCAUUGGUGAUAUUUGUUACCAGCGUUAUAAGAGCUGAAGUAUCUAGAACAAGAAGAUAUUAUUUGACUGUGAUAAUAGUGAGUGCUGUCCUGGCCGUUAUGGUGUUUAUUGCCACAAUUGUCUAUAUAUUGGGAGUCAACCCAACUGCCCAGGCAUCUGGGUCUCUCUACAGUUCACAAAUAUAUGCCCUCUGCAACCAGUUUUAUACACCUGCAGCUGCUGGAGUCUAUGUGGAUCAAUAUUUGUAUCACUACUGUGUGGUGGAUCCCCAGGAGGCCAUUGCCAUUGUGCUGGCGUUCAUGGUUGUUGUGGCUUUUGCUUUAAUAAUUUUCUUUGCUGUGAAAACUCGAAGAAAGAUGGACCGGUAUGACAAGUCAAAUAUUUUGUGGGACAAGGAACGUAUUUAUGAUGAGCAGCCCCCCAAUGUCGAAGAGUGGGUUAAAAACGUUUCUGCAGGCACACAAGACAUGCCUCCUCCCCUUUCUGACUACGGGGAGAGAGUGGACAGCCCCGUGGCCUACUCCUCCAAUGGUAAAGUGAACGAGAAGCGACUGUAUCCAGAGUCUUCCUAUAAAACAACACCGGUGCCUGAAGUGGCUCAGGAGCUGCCAGUGACUUCACCUGUGGAGGACUUCCGGCAGCCUCAUUACAGCAACAGUGGUAACUUGGAGACGCUUUCAAAAAGGGCUCCCUCGAAGGGCAAGGCAGGAAAGUCGAGGAGAUCAGAGCAAGACCACUAUGAAACAGACUACACGACGGGCGGCGAGUCCUGUGAUGAGCUGGAGGAGGACUGGAUCAGGGAAUAUCCACCUAUCACUUCAGAUCAACAAAGACAACUCUACAAGAGGAAUUUUGACACUGGCCUGCAGGAAUACAAGAGCUUACAAGCAGAACUUGAUGAGAUCAAUAAAGAACUCUCUCGUCUGGAUAAAGAACUGGAUGACUAUAGAGAAGAAAGUGAAGAGUAUAUGGCUGCUGCUGAUGAAUACAAUAGACUGAAACAAGUUAAGGGAUCUGCAGAUUACAAAAGUAAGAGGAAUUAUUGCAAGCAGUUGAAGAGCAAAUUGUCACACAUUAAGAAGAUGGUUGGAGAUUAUGAUCGACGGAAAACAUAGACAGCAGAUGCCACAUUGUUAGGUUAAGAAGUAUCUGACUGACAUCUCUGCAAUGUUAUCAGGAGUCAAAAUGACUUUGGACUCUAACCUGGGAGGCCAAAUCUUUGUGAUCAUUACAGAGUUUUGGUAGUUUUAAUAUCAUCAGUAUUGAAUGAUAUCAUCAGUAUAUCAUCAUCAUUUUAUAAAUAGCUUUUGAUAAUCGACUGGGCUAAACACUCCAAGUAAGGACUUUAUGCUUUAAACAUUGGUUCUUGUAUUAAGAACUUUUGUUUGAGGUUUUUAAAGCUUUAAGGAAGGUCCUGGAGUACACUGUGCUGUGAACUUUCACACCCUAGGCAAUCAGGUGUUAAUACCUAAGUAUGCUCAUUGGGUCUUAUAGGGGAUAGUUUAAUUCUCCCAGAAUUCUCCCUUCAGAUAACUGUCACUUAUAAUCAUUUAUUUUCAGAUAAGGAAACUGGGGCCCUGCAGUAAAGUCUCUGAAGUGAAACUGCUUGUUGCCUAGCUUGCAGUUUUGGUUAAGUCUGUUUUAUGACUCCAUUGAUAAAGUCCCUGGCCUUUUCCUAUUUUAACUACUACGGAUGCUGAGUGCUACCAGCCUCCCUAUUGAUUUUUUUCUGUGUAUAAAUGCUUAAGAGCUUUUUAUUUCAUGUUAUCCUGGUAAUAAAGAUCAUGUAAAAGUAACAAAUGUGUGAAAUUUGAAGAUUGUAAAUAUAUGUUUACCUUUUAAAAAUCAAAGUUUAAACCUACUGGUUAGAAUUUUGUUGCGUAUUUUAAAAUGCUUUUUAUCUUUUAUGGUUUACAUGCUUUUUUUAAACCAACUAGCCUUUUCCAUUAUAUCAAAGUAUCCAAUUACAAUUAUAAUUCAAUUGUGACUUGAAUUGUAUCUUAUGGGAAUAUUCAAGUUUUGUACAUAUUUUAUAAUUAUUAAAACUGGUGUUUUCUUUCCAUAAUGUACCUUUUUGAUGUCAUUAGUGCUGUUAAUACUAAGCUAUGGAAAACUACACUCAGAAGUUGUAUCUGUACUGUUUUAAACUGUUUUGGGUGCUGUGCUGGUUGGUAGCUUCCUAAAUCCUUUGGCUAACAGAAGGCUGAUUUGUCUGGAAAUGGAAUCCAAUAUCAUAAAACACCAAAUUAUUUCAAAUGGUGCCCUUAAAUCUCAGCUUUUUUUUGAAUUCAGUUUUUUUCUGGUAAAGUAAAAUUAGCUGAUAAUACUGGAUAUGUAGCUAACCAAGUUGAUUGUGAUUAUCCCCUCAGUUUGGAACUCUCAUUUAAGUAUAUUGUUUUUAAUACAUAAGUCUGAAUCAUUUUCCAAAGAUAAAAAUAAGGUUUCUAUUAUAACGCUGAUACAGUUCUUCAAGUUGAAAAAAUUCUUAAUUUUCUAUGUGCUGUUCAUACUACAAAAGGUAAUAAAUAGUUUAUGUUUUUCA